AACGUUGUUUUUUCUGCUUAAUAAAUUUGAAACAAUGCACCAUUGCUUGAUGAUAUUAUUUAAUAUUUCAUUAAUAUUUUCUGUUCCAAUUCUAUAUUUUUGAGUGAGGCUUAUAAAUAUAUGAUUAAAGUAAAUUUUGCAGCGAUAGACUAAUAAUAAAUCAAAAGGUUAAAUGAGUAAAAAAAAAAUAGACAGUCUACAAAGAUAGUGACAGUAUCAAUUGUUUGCACAUUUUAUUGCAUGUGCUUAUAAAGUGUCAAUUUAAAUUUAGUAAUCAUAACACAAUCAUACACUGACAUUAUGACAAAUGUUUUGGAAAUAUUGAGUAAAUUUUGGAAUGUACAGUAUUACAGCCCGACUUGAUACUUUAAAUCAACAGCUAAUGACUAUUUCUAAAUUGCAAAAAAUGGAAGAGGAUUUUAAUGUGUGUUCUUAUCCAAUGUGUAAAAAGAAUCGAAUAGCUGAAAUUACAAUUAAAAACGUGGCUUUAACAGAAGAACGAGAUCAUUUAAAACAUAAAUUAGACUCGUUAUCAGAGGAUGAAUCUAAAAGGUGUGAAGAAGUAGAGCAGGAAGUGAAUAAAAUGAGAUGUGCUGUAAAAGAAAAAGAAGAUGCUCUAAAUAAAGAAAGAGUUGAAUUCAAGGGUAUGAUUUCCGAACUUACGAAUGUGAUAAAGAUUCAGAAAAGAAGAAUAUGCAAAGUAACAGAUAUAUGUAUCAAUCAACAAUGUCUGCUACGUGAGAAAGAUGAAGAAUUAUCUCAGAAACAUACUGAAUUGUCAAAAGUACAAGAUACAGUGCAGUCGUGUAGUAAUGUACAUAAAGAAAUGCUAGAACAAAUAGAACAUUUGAAACAGUGUUUGUGUGAGGAAACAAAAGCUUGUCAAUGUGUGAAACAAGAAUUAGAAAUUCUAAAAGAAAAUCACUCUUCCGAAUUGAGAAUAAAAGAUAAAAUUGUAGAAGAACAAAAUAAGACCAUUACAAAGCAAAAAAAGUUAUUGUAUGAUAGCGAAAAAAUGGCCCAGCAAGUUGCUAGUGAAUUCAAUGAACUUAGAGAAGAAUUGUGCCAAGAGAAAGAGAAAUGUAAGUGUUUGGAGAUAGAGUUGAAUAAAACUGAUAGCAAACUGAACAAGGCACAUUCGUUGGAAUGUGAAAAAUGUACAAUUCUGAGAUCUGAAAUUAAUUAUCUGAAGAAUGAAAAACAAAGAGCAUUAACAAUUGCGAAAGUUGCUUAUCAAAAAUUAAAUCAAUCUGUGAAAGAAUAUCAAAAGCAGUUCAAUUAUCAAAAUGAACAGCAUAGAUGUAUGAAAUUAAUAAUUGAAAGAAAAGAGCAUGAAAUAUGCUGUUUAAAAACUCAAAUGUAUCAAAAUGGUUCCAGAUCCAUUAAAAAGUUGAAUCACUAUGUUAUGUAAUA